AUGUUCCAACAACCAGGCGCCCAUCCCAGUAAACUACAAGCCAGAUCGGCGGAAGACGCCCGCUUCUCUCUUCCGGGAUUCAACCGGCCCCUGGACUUCGCUCCAAGGGAGAAAAAUAUCUAUGGCGUGGAGUGUCGGAGCAUGUUUCCAUCGGCCCUGGACGACAGAGACAUUCAAGCAGGACAUGUGGAUCUGCCAGUCUGCACCUUGCGUGAGCUUCAUAUGGUGUCAUAUAUGGAAGAUCUAACAGAUAUACCUGAAUGGUGGGAAAAGGUCUUCGACCCGACUGUCCAGGAGCAGUGGAAAAAGGACGCCAUGAACAGUGGCAAAGACAUCACACUCAACAUGGCUGAAUGGAUCAUUGACGAGCUUCAAUUCAAAGCCAUGAUCUACCAGACCACAGGCGUAGUGUCCCUGUACAAUGGCGAUGUCACCAAGUCGGACACCAACAUGUCUGAGAAGCUCAUCCGCGAUAUCAAAGCCAUGGUGCCGGAACUAGCGUAUGCCGAUGAAAGGCUGAAGGAGUGCUAUUCAGGGGUCAUUCUCAGCGAGCGAGACUAUCUUUCCGUGGCUAUGUAUCCGCUCGUCUACGGCAAGAGUCGGAUUCUCACCGACAGACUCAUUGGGGUCGACGACGCCCUCCAGUACGCUGGCAAGGGAGAAGUCAUCCCAGUCCCACAAGAUACUGGAAUCACCAGAGAAGAUAUUGCCUGGCGAGUCGUGGCUCGGGCAGACAUCCAGGUCCGGCCGUACAGCCGCCAUUACCAGCUUCUUCCCUCGGACUGGGAGUUCGGUGACGACGGAAAAUGGCACAUAGCCUCAUACAUCAACAAUCUACAUCCGGUCAAACACCGAAAUGUCUACAAGGUGAUCGAAGAGGCUUUCAACUGCGUCGUUCCCCAGUGGAAUGCGACUUUGACUCCUCUCAAAGACAUGCUUCAUUCUCGUGCCCGAAUCGAGUACGCCAAGGCGGAAUAUUACCCAGUUCCGAAGGAGCUUGCUGCUCAGCCACCUCAAAUCCAAGCGAGAGAAGCUCAGAGUGAGUUUGAUGAGCGCCUGGAGAAGUGGAGAAUGGAAAACAUGCGUGUCAUCCAGCCCGACGUAGGCAAAUUCAUCCCCUGGGCCGUCCCACCUUGGAUGAUGGAUAAAUUACCUAGGGACCUCCCCAGUGGAGUUCGGAUCGAGAACAGCGUCGAUCUUAAUCGGGACUACCAGGGCCGCGGACUGCAGGUGAUUACCCGCAUACUGAGCAUUGAGCUAGAUCCGGAGAAUCCCACUUACGAGACAGACUUCCACGUCGAGGGCACGAUGAACGAACACGUCUGCGCCACUGCAUUCCUAGUCUACGACCACCAGAACACGCACGACGCAUACAUGGAAUUCCGCAACAUCAUAGAAACUGACAUGCUGUCUGAAAUCGAGCACGAGCCAAACGAUUUCGUCUGGCUGCAGCAAGUCUUCGGUCUGCGAAACAACGAGCCAGCCGUUCAACGGCCCGGCACGAUCCGUGCCAGACCAGGUCGAGUUAUCAUGUGCCCGAGCGUUGUACAGCAUAAGUUCAGCUUCGCGCUGAAGGACACAACGAAGCCUGGAUAUUCGAGUGCCAUGGUGUUCUUCCUUGUUGAUCCUAAUAUUCGGAUCAUCUCCACGGCUAAUAUCCCGCCUCAGCGUGUCGAUUGGACUAUGGAUAUCCCGGAGUCUGAGGGAGGAAUCAGAGCGGCUAUGGAGAAGCUUGCGCUGGAUAAUAUGAAGAACAAGGAUGAUAUGCCGAUGUCUUUGGAAGAGGCGGCGGAGAUGAGAGCCGCAGCUGUGAAGGAAAUGCUGGAGUUUACUCGCUAUCAGCAUGUGGCGUUUGAGUCCAAGAUUCUGAAUCUUUGA